AUCAGAGAUUGCGUGCUGAAAUCAAAUAGGAACCUGACCUAGCUGGCCAUAAAAAAGAAAACAAAAAAUCACAUAGAUAGAUAAAGAAAAUGUCUAAAGAAUACGUGUACAUUGUUGCUGGGGCAAGAACUCCAAUCGGUUCUUUUCAGGGCUCGUUGUCUUCACUAGGAUAUGUUGAUCUCGGUGCUCAUGCUGUCAAGGCUGCCCUCGAAAAGGUUCCAGAGAUCAAGCCAACAGACGUUGAAGAAAUAUUCUUUGGAAAUGUGCUACAGGCGAACGUUGGACAAGCACCGGCAAGACAAGUUGCCAUCAAGGCAGGUUUGGGCGAAGACACUCCGGCCACUACAGUUAAUAAGGUGUGUGCAUCUGCUAUGAAGGCCGUUAUUCUUGGAGCACAGACCAUUUUGACUGGAUGUGCAGACAUAGUGGUUGCUGGUGGUGCUGAGUCCAUGACCAACUGUCCAUACUACUUGCCAAAUGCUAGAGGCGGAUUGAAAUUCGGUGACAGCACUGUGGUCGAUGGUAUCUCUAGAGACGGUCUAAACGAUGCAUACGAUGGCAAGGCAAUGGGUGUUGCUGCAGAAAAAUGUGCAUCUGACCACAAGAUUUCGAGAGAAGAGCAAGAUGAUUUCGCCAUCGCGUCAUACAAGAAGUCGCAGAAGGCUCAUGAUGAGGGCAAAUUCAAAAACGAGAUUGCGCCAAUCACAGUCAAAGGUACUAGAGGUAAGCCCGAUGUCAUUGUGGAGAGAGAUGAGGAGAGCAGCAGGUUGAACGAGGGCAAGUUGAGAAGCGCAAGAACUGUUUUCAAGAAGGAAAACGGUACCGUUACUGCACCGAACGCAUCUCCAAUAAACGACGGUGGUGCUGCAUUGGUUCUGGUUUCGGAGAGGAAGGUCAAGGAGCUUGGUCUCAAACCAAUUGCCAGGAUCCUCGGCUGGGGUGAUGCAGCCCAUGCGCCAGUCGACUUCACCACCGCUCCUUCGCUUGCCGUUCCAAAGGCCGUCAAGCACGCCGGUCUUACCCUCGACGACAUCGACUACUUCGAGUUCAACGAGGCCUUUUCCGUUGUCGGGUUAGCCAACGCAAAGUUGCUCAACUUGGACCUUGCCAAGGUCAACGUUUACGGUGGUGCCGUUGCCAUUGGACACCCAUUGGGUUGCUCUGGUGCGAGAAUCAUCGUCACUCUGAUGUCUGUCUUAGCACAAGAGAGCGGUAAGAUCGGUGCCGCAGGUAUCUGUAACGGUGGUGGUGGAGCAUCGGCCAUCGUCAUUGAAAAAUGCUAAAUGUAAAUUGAGUCCGUUUAAUAAUAAGCUUUAUAGUAGCAGAAUCAGCGUGAUACUUAAUACAACCCAUUGAAUGAACUACCAUACAUUUCAAAACAGUUUAUGAAAUGUGAUUCGAUUAGCAAAA